CAACAUAUUAUAAUAACUAUUUGGAUAAUUUAAGUAAUGAAAUAAUUAAAUCAGAUAUUACUAUUGAUGAUUUAAAAAAAAUUAAUCAACAUAGUGUUAAAGAAUAUUUACAAAUUGGAACUCGUGCAGCAGAAAUAGCAAAGAAUGAUGUUGGACAUAAUGUGACAACCAAGAUUCUUCCUGAUGCAGAAAUAAAAAUUUUACUUGAUGCUGAUAUUGAAACUUGA